CCAGUAUUCGCACGCAGGCUCGGAAUCAGACAAGUAAACACAAAGUAUGCCAAAAAUCCCACCCUUGAGGAGGCAUACGCUAAGGUCAACGGACACGCCAGCCCAAAGUACGUGAAAGAACUCGUCAAACGCACCGGAAUGAACGAAAGAGAAAUCCAGAGAUGGCUCAGGAGGAAAAAAAACUCGCUCAUUGCAACGCCCACUAAGAAAUUUAGCGAGUGUCUUUUCAAGGUCUUGUACUAUUCUUCGGUUUUCCUAUACGGUGUAAUUGUGCUCUACAACCGCCCGUGGGCGUGGGAUCUGCACCAGGCCUACCAUAACCUCCCUAUGCAUCCCAUCGAUGGCCACAUCACCAACUACUACAUCAUACAGCUGGCUUACUACACUGCCUGUCUGGUCACACUGCCUGUAGAUAACAGGCGCAAGGACUUUGUGGAACUGGUUAUCCAUCACAUUGCGACGGUCUUGCUGAUUGCCUUUUCAUGGUACACAAACUUGUGGAAAGUCGGAACGCUGGUAAUGGUCAUCCACGAUGCGGCCGAUGUGUUUCUUGAGAUUGCCAAGACAUUCAACUAUGCUGGGUAUCAGGAGAUUGCCAACCACGGGUUCACCGUGUUUGCAAUCUCCUUCUUCUUCACUCGUCUUGUCUUGUUCCCGAUUGUGAUCAAGAGCGUCAUCGAGAAACCCGUUGAGAUCAUUUUCUAUGAGGAAUCUUUAUAUGAUUACGUCACCAAGGGACAUGUAGUUGUCUCGCACGUGACUUUCAGCGUGUUGCUGUGUAUUCUGCUAGCCUUGCACGUGUUCUGGUUCAGUAUCAUCGCCAAGAUGGCCAUGAGCAUGAUCACGGAGCCUGUGUCUAAGGAUGUGCGCAGUGACGAUGAGUAUGGCUUUAGCACAGAUGAAGAACAGGAAAAUGCACGCAAACAGGCAAUCACAAACGCACAAGAGCGCAAAGAAAACAAAAAGGAAGAAUAAAACGGGUACAACUGCUCGGAUGUAAAAAAAAAUGAUAUCGUGAGGUGAACAAUGAUCGGUACAUGGCUGAUUUGUAUGCCCAAGGUUUUAUGAUACGCCACUGCACCACCUACUUGUAGAUAUGAUUCUUUACCACGAAUUGUCAAAAUCGUACUUGCCAAAUCUGUAUGCCCUGCACCAAGGCUAUUAUUGAAUGACAAGCCAUUUGGAAAUUGGCAAGAAAGCUCUUCCAAACGAUAAUAUAAGUCCCACGCGUACUUCUGAAA